AUGUCGGUCAACUCAGCUCUCACACUUGUUCGGAAGAAUCGAUCGUUUGAUGGCACUACGUACCGCUUCAGUCACCUGUCUAAGUGUCUGGGCAAUUUAGAGGCUACUUUCUCGAUUUUCAUACCCGACUGUGCGACACCAAACUCGAAGGUCCCUCUGGUGUAUUAUCUCUCUGGCCUCACAUGCUCAGACCUUAACGUCACUGAGAAAGCCGGUUAUCAACGCAUUGCUUCGGCGCUCGGACUGGCCAUCGCUUGCCCUGAUACAUCUCCUAGAGGUGCUGGUAUCCCUGGUGAAGCAGACGAGUGGGACUUUGGUGUCGGCGCGGGCUACUACGUUGAUGCCACACAGGAACCGUGGAGCAAGAACUAUAACAU